AUGGGAAAAUUGUUGAGUCUUUUGGCACGCGACGAUUCGAACUGCUGUUCGUCGCCUCGAUACGAUAUUUUCUUGGAUUUCGAGAAUGCUGCACCCACAGACACUGAGCGCGAUGUUUUUGAAGAAGUUCAAAGAGUUCUCCUGGAUUCAGAAAAAAUCCUGGAAGAAAUACAGUGCUAUAAAGGAGCUGGAAAAGAAAUCCGUGAAGCUAUAGCAGAUCCUUCACGAGUUACUCAAGAACGAGCCUGGCGCGCUGUAAAACCUUUAGUGGAUAAGCUUUUGAGAUGUUACCAACACUCCGUGGAAUUGCAACGGGUAGUGCCUCGACUGUUGCGAUCACUAGUGGGAGGCGCCAUGAGUCCUACUCAACAUCUGGAGCAACAGCAAGCCUUGGUGAAACAAUUCGCCGAAAUAUUGGAGUUCGUUCUAAAAUUCGACGAACACAAGAUGAAAACACCGGCCAUUCAAAACGACUUCAGCUACUACAGACGUAGCGUGUCCCGCGGUGGCCUUAUAAACUCCGAGCUGCCUCCGGACGCAGAACCGCAUUUGGGCGCCGAAGUAGCAAACAGGAUGUCUCUGUUCUACGCACAAGCAACCCCAAUGCUAAAAGUUCUAUCAGAGGCUACGAGCCAGUUCGUCAACGACAACCAACAAGACUUAGAAAACACAACUGAGACCCUCAGCACCAUGGCUAAAGUUUGCCUGAGGAUGCUGGAAAAUCCAAAACUCGUCGCACAAUUCAGCCGCGAAGAGACAUCGCUUCUGGUCCUUCGUGUAAUGGUUGGACUCAUCAUCCUAUAUGACUGGGUGCAUCCCUCGGGCGCCUUCUGUCGUUCCUCGUCGGUAGACGUGAAGGGGUGCGUUAAGUUCCUGCAACAGCAGCCGCCGGCCAAAGCAGAGCCCUUACUUAACGCGUUACGAUAUACCACGAAGCACCUCAACCACCAGUCGACGCCGAAGAAUAUCAAGACCCUGUUGGCGGCGUGA